GCUGGUCUCGGCAGGGAAGGCGGAAGUGCAGGUCACUCCCGGAUAGCUGGCCUGAGAAUCAUGAGCGUGGCAGGUGGCGUUCGUCGCCGCGCGCGACUGUCACGUCUCGUGUCCUUCAGUGCGAGCCACCGGCUGCACAGCCCGUCUCUGAGUGAUGAAGAGAACUUGGAAGUGUUUGGGAAAUGCAACAAUCCAAAUGGCCAUGGACACAAUUAUAAAGUUGUGGUGACAGUACAUGGAGAGAUUGAUCCUGCCACAGGAAUGGUUAUGAAUUUGACUGACCUCAAAGAAUACAUGGAGGAGGCCAUCAUGAAGCCGCUUGAUCACAAGAACCUGGAUCUGGACGUGCCCUACUUUGCAGACGUUGUAAGCACAACAGAAAAUGUAGCUGUCUAUAUCUGGGAAAGCCUCCAGAAACUUCUUCCUACAGGAGUUCUUUAUAAAGUAAAAGUGUAUGAAACUGACAACAACAUUGUAGUAUAUAAAGGAGAGUAGAGAUUAGGGUUAAUAUUAUAGAAAGGCUUCAUUGAUUUUCAUAUUUGAAAAAGCUCUUUGUCCCUUUAGAAUAUCCAGUAGUCACCAUGUAUUUGUGUCUCCAUGUUGUAUUCUGGAAUGUCUGCGUGUUAAAAUAACUGUAAGGUUCAUAUUUAAAAGUCAGACUUACAGUGUACCCUGAAUUUGUUUUUGGUGAGGAAGCAGGGGAGAGCUGAGGAUUGGAGCCAGGGCCAAGCACGCCACACUAAGAGUGUCUGUUGUCUAGAGAUUAAAAAUGAUUUCAUUCUCAGCAAAAUGUUUUUGUGUGGAACCAUUUAAAGGCAAAAUAAACACAUUUUCAUAGUA